AUCAUUGGAUUAUUGAAUGCGUUCACACCACAGAAAUCAUUAGAGGACUUUCAAGAUGUAUAUCUAGUCAUGGAGUUGAUGGAUGCCAACCUGUGUCAGGUCAUACAGAUGGACCUUGAUCAUGAACGCAUGUCUUACCUCCUGUACCAGAUGCUCUGUGGGAUCAAACACCUGCACUCUGCGGGCAUCAUACACAGGGACCUGAAGCCAAGCAAUAUAGUUGUGAAAUCUGACUGCACCCUGAAGAUCUUGGACUUUGGUCUGGCCAGAACCGCAGGCACGGGUUUCAUGAUGACCCCCUAUGUUGUGACCAGGUACUACAGGGCCCCAGAGGUCAUUCUUGGAAUGGGAUAUAAAGCAAAUGUUGAUAUCUGGUCUGUGGGCUGUAUAAUGGCUGAACUAAUACGAGCUACUGUAAUGUUUCCAGGUUCCGAUCAUAUUGAUCAGUGGAACAAGAUAAUUGAGCAGCUUGGCACACCAAGUCAAGAUUUCAUGGCACGAUUGCAGACGACAGUCAGAAACUAUGUGGAGAACAGGCCAAAGCAUGCAGGGCACAGUUUUGAGAAGUUGUUUCCAGAUGUGCUGUUUCCUCCAGAUAGUGCAGAGCAUCAAGGGCUGAGGGCAUCAGUUGCCAGGGACCUGUUGUCCAAGAUGUUAGUGGUAGACCCAGAUAAGAGGAUCUCAGUAGAUGAUGCCCUCAUGCACCCUUACAUCAAUGUGUGGUUUGAUGAGAGGGAAGUCAAUGGGCCAUCUCCAGGGCCAUAUGAUCAUGCAGUUGACGAAAGAGAACAUACAGUGGAGGAAUGGAAAACCCUAAUAUACAAUGAAGUGCUGGAGUAUGAAUACAAGGGACGUGGUGGUACUAUGCAAAAUCAUAAUGAAGUUGGCAGUGCUAUGGAGACAGGUGCAGGAGAUGUCGCAGCAUCCAAGCUGUCAGCAGCGGCAGCAGCCUCAGCCACCAACGCACCCAACCACCACUAA